AUGACCACAAUUUUGGGUAUGAACUUAAUCUUGUUGGGUCUGGGUGCCUUUCUUCUAGUCUUCAAGGCUCUUUAUUUUGGGGGCGUAUACGAUACUUGGGCUCCGGGAGGGGGAGAUCCCGAACUCGAUCUACGGCAGAAUCAAAACUGUCCAGAGGCACUUAAGGCAAGGGCCGUGAUCGGCAGAAGGUCAAUUACAUCGAGCCUGCUUCCAUUGGGACUUCAUUCCGCAACCCGGGAGAAGAAAACGGAUGGAAUCCUCUUGGGAAAUGGCAGUGGCAGCAGCUGUAUAGCGAGGAGGCAAUAUCUUUCAUCUUGUCAUGGAAGAUAG